AUGACUGAAGCCACUCACUUCGAGAUGCCAUGGUUGGUGGAAAAUCUCCUCGAUCAGACAAUGGCAUCUCAGGAUCUAAGUCCACACCCACAUAUCGCCAGCGACUUUUCAUUUGGAUUGCCAGAGGACCUCGAUCCAAUCUGGUCUGAGCAAUUCAACUGGAAUGAAUGUGGACAUAUGCCCAAGGCAAAUUCCUUCCAGCCAUACCCGCAACUAUGCCCAAACAGCAUCCAACCAAUCCCGAGCCCCGAAAAUGGGCCGAUCCAACUCCGCAACGCGCUUGCAACCGAACGUGCCCUCUUUAUGACUCCCACGCCGAACAUGGCGUUCCCAUUCCCGACGUCCCCGACUUCGGAUCCUCUGUCGCCUGACUCUUCCCAUUCCCAUUCGGGCUGGGACGAGGGGGAUCGGGAGCCGGAGUCGGAGUCAGAGCGGGGGCUGUAUAUUGGGACUUUUGGACAUGGACAAGCCCAGAGCCAAGGCAGUGUGCAGAGUCAGACGAAUUCGGCGCCCCGUCGAUACUCGGAAUACUCCACCUCCACCUCCACUUCCACCUCCACACACAGAAUGGACGAAGAGGACGCCUUGACCCCACUCGAAAUGCCAGACGGCAGUACACGCUUCACCUCGAAUUGGCUGCCCGUUGAUCCCGAUGCGGGAUUUACCAUUGGCUCGCCGGGUUUGCCGGGACACGGCGAUGAAAUGCAUUUCCGUGAUAUGCAGAAUGCAUUCUUCUCUUCCAAGCCGGCGACUUCGGCUUGGGGGGUUGAUCGGUGA